AUUACUAGCUGCCGCCGGGAUGUAUUAUCAUGUUGUCACCUAAAAGUAACUACUAAGACGUCGGAUUGUGAAGGAAAAGCAGAGACCCCUCGCUCCCCGGUCCCAGCGGGCUGACACCGGGACCUGAAUCUGUGUUAGCCACAGCCGCGGAACCCACUGUUUUCGGCGAUAUGGCGGAGCAAGGCUACUCAUCCUGGGCAUACUCCCUAGUUGACUCCAGUCAGGUGUCCACCUUCCUGAUCUCCAUCCUCCUUAUCGUCUAUGGCAGCUUCAGGUCAUUAAACAUGGAUUGUGAGAACCAGGAGAAGGAUAAAGACGGUAACCCCUCAGCAGCAGGGUCUUUUAAUAACAGCAACACAAACAACAGCAUUCAGACUAUAGACUCGACGCAGGCCCUGUUCCUGCCAAUAGGAGCGUCUGUGUCUCUGCUAGUCAUGUUCUUCUUUUUCGAUUCGGUUCAGGUGGUCUUCACUAUCUGCACUGCAGUUCUUGCUACAAUUGCAUUUGCAUUCCUGUUGUUACCUAUGUGCCAGUAUCUGACCAGACCCUGCUCCCCGCAGAACAAGAUUUCAUUUGGUUGCUGCGGACGCUUCACCCUGGCUGAACUCUUGUCGUUCUCGCUCUCCGUGAUGUUGGUCCUCAUCUGGGUGUUGACCGGACACUGGCUCCUCAUGGAUGCUUUAGCCAUGGGCUUGUGCGUCGCCAUGAUCGCUUUUGUUCGGCUUCCCAGUCUGAAGGUCUCCUGCCUGCUGCUGUCAGGACUGCUCAUUUAUGAUGUGUUCUGGGUGUUCUUCUCAGCGUACAUCUUCAACAGUAAUGUGAUGGUCAAAGUCGCCACUCAGCCUGCUGAAAAUCCCAUAGAUGUUCUCUCCAGGAAGCUACACCUAGGGCCCGGGAUGGGCCGCGACGUUCCCAGACUUUCAUUACCUGGCAAACUGGUGUUCCCAAGCUCCACAGGAAGCCACUUCUCCAUGUUGGGAAUCGGAGACAUCGUGAUGCCGGGGCUGCUGCUGUGCUUCGUCCUGCGCUACGACAACUACAAGAAGCAAGCAACGGGGGAGGUCCCGGGGCCCGGCAACAUGUCCGGACGCAUGCAGCGCGUCUCCUAUUUCCACUGCACCCUCAUCGGAUACUUUGUGGGCCUGCUGACUGCCACUGUGGCCUCGAGGAUCCAUCGUGCUGCUCAGCCCGCUCUGCUCUACUUGGUUCCCUUCACCCUGCUGCCUCUGCUCACUAUGGCUUACCUGAAGGUAUUACAGCCCCAUUUGUUCCNAGCCUUUCCACGCCAAGGCCAGCAGCUCUCGCUUCCUGGAGGUAUGAUGCAACCCGGGGAACGAACAACCAGCACGGGGACGACUGCUGAUCUUUUCUUCUUAAUCAGAGGAAAGGAAAGAGGGCACACUCACCAUGAGGCCAUGUUGUCAUCACUUCAUGCUUUCCACUCAUCUGUGAAGAGAAAAAAAAAAAUCCCUCAGAAAGGACACCAGAGUGUGGAUCACAACGCCCAGACACGACUCAUCUUUGCUCCGUACAUCCUUCCCCGUUUCAUCUCCGCUUCCUCUUAGCCGUUUCUUUCCUGUCCAUUACAGCACAUCCUGCCUCUGCUGUUUUUGUGCUGCCCUCGUCUUUGUCUCCUUUCCUUUUUCCCCCUCCUCUCGGCCUCCCUCUACAUGGCCAUUCUCAAAUUUUCCACCUCCUCUCU